AAACUAAACAUUGGAUUACAGAAAGAAUGGAUAUAUAAACAAAGAUUGAUAGAGUAGACGUUAGAAAAAAACAAAAAAAAGACCUGCAGGGGGGAGAGGGAUGACUACUGCAAGAUUCAUAAAGUGUGUAACCGUAGGCGACGGCGCCGUAGGGAAGACAUGCAUGCUAAUUUCUUACACCAGCAAUACAUUCCCAACGGACUAUGUCCCGACAGUAUUCGACAACUUUAGUGCCAAUGUGGUUGUGGAUGGAAGCACUGUGAACAUUGGCCUGUGGGAUACUGCAGGGCAAGAAGAUUACAAUAGACUAAGACCAUUGAGUUACAGAGGAGCUGAUGUGUUCUUGUUGGCUUUUUCUCUGAUUAGCAAAGCCAGCUAUGAAAAUAUAUACAAAAAGUGGAUUCCUGAGCUAAGACACUAUUCUCCAAAUGUGCCUAUUGUACUGGUGGGAACCAAAUUAGACCUGAGAGAAGAUAAGCAAUUCUUGAGUGAUCAUCCAGGAGCAAUCCCUAUUACAACCCCACAGGGGGAAGAACUGAGAAAGAUGAUUGGGGCAGUAGCUUAUAUAGAAUGCAGUGCCAAGACUCAACAGAAUAUAAAACUUGUGUUCGAUACUGCCAUUAAAAUGGUGUUAAGACCUCCUAAAUUGAAGAAAAAGCAAAGCAAGUCCAAAGCCAAGUCCAAGUACGGAUACAGACCGUCAACAAGAUGCAACUUUCUUUAAAAUCAAAACUCGAUUACAUUUUUGCGAACUCUAGUAAAACUCAAUUUUUAUUUCCUACUUUCUCCCCUCCCUUAGAUUUUAAUUUCAAUAUUUUGUAAUAGAUAAGGGUGUCACACGUUCUAGGUGCACACCAAUUAAGCCCCUUACUCAUGUUGUAUUACAUAUCAUAAUCAUUGAAAUUCAUUCCCGUUAGUUACUUUUGAGAAACUAAAUUUCCAAUAAUUAAUUCCAUGGAAAUUGAU